AUGGAUCCAAAACUCCCACCUACGAUGUUUAGAGGCGGCAGAAACGUCGACAUUGCUUUGACAGCCACCACCUCGCGGUGGUGGUGGCGUUCGCUAAUGAUCCACUGCCUAUCAUGGUGGGAUCGCGAUGGCGGAGGAAGGAUAACAGUGGCUCCGGUUGUUUACUUCCGAUCGUUCACAGCUCUACAGGAGGCAGCAGGUGACGGGAUGAUGGUGUUUGUCGACGAGGUAGUAGGCGGGACCGGGCUGUCGGGCUUGGUGACGCAAAUGGUGGCUGAGGAGGCUCCAAUGGUAGUAGCGGCUACCAGAAUGAAAGAGAUGGCGGCUGUAGUUCUUGCGCUAGGGUUAGGGUUUGAACCCUUAAAUAUCCGCCUCCAUACAUAA